AACACCUAUCAUCCGUCUGGAUGUUGUUGUUGUUCUCGGGUCGAGCGGCACCUUUUGCACCUUCUCCGCUCCUCACGCGCAGAACAUGCAUAACUGGCAGGACCACGAGAUCCGCGAGCUGCUCCGGAUUCGCGCGCACGAGCAGUUCCGUGGCCAAAUAACGGGGACCGUAAAGGACGCGGUGGUUUUCAGCACGAUCGCGCGACUGUUGGCCCAGCAAGGCGUGCAUCGGUCCCGGGACCAGGUCGUCAGCAAGCUCAAGAACCUAAAGAAGCAGUACCGGAACUACAAGGAGCAAAUCUCUGCAAAAGGAGGAGACAGAUCCGCUGCGUACUGGCCGUUCUUCGAGGAGGCAGAGCGCGCUUUUGGGGAUCAUCCUUUACCCGCGGAGCCACCGGACUCUCUCGCCCCGAUCACAGAGCGUCUGGACUCGGCUCCGGUGCCCGCGUCCGCCCCGGUGCGAAACCAGCGAGCUGCGUUUGACCAGGACGAGGCUGAGCAGGUGGUGGUGGGGAACUGGGGCGAGCAGAGCCAAGGACCGACCCCGAACCAGGGCACGAAACGGGAGCAGGCGCCGGUGGAGGAAGACGAGGAUGAGGAGUAUGGGUCUCCAGAAGAGCCGGUCCAGUCGACCUGCGGUAUCCCGACGAAGAAGAGGAAAACCACCAUCCUGCACCAGGUGAACUCCAUGAUCAACGCCACCAUGUCCAAGCUCCGGGAGAUGGACGCGGCGAUGCAGGCUCAGGAGGACGUCCGUCUCAAGAGGCUCAUGGACCACGAGAAGGACAUGCAGAAGAGCCUGAUCCAGGAGAUGUUAGCCCUGCACAGGACCGUCAGCGCCGAGAACCACCAGAGACACCUGGAGCUGGUGGACAGGGUCACGUCACGAGUACCACCUUCGUCGUCUCAGGGCGGGUUAUGACGGCGAGAUGGAGGUGGUGUGGACUGGAGCAGAAAACUGGGCCUGAAAUGUUUUAUAAGGAGGAUUUAAGGUGGACAGAUGAACGUAGGUCUGCAUAAUAUUGGAAAAUAAAAACAAAUGGAUCCUUGUUGUUUAAGAUGCAAAAUGAAAAUGGAAAAAUACAAAAUGGAUUGAAACAGGGUCCGUGUACCGUUCGUUCUUUUGAAUUUCAACUAAGAACGAAAAACAAUAAAAUGGGUAAACAGUUUGUUAUUUCAUUAUUCCGUUGUAGUGUCAAACAAAACAAAAAAACAGACUUCACCCUCUAUUUCCAGGUCUCAGAUGCCUAUUUGGCCCGAGUCUGUAACGUAGUAACUGGAGGGCUAUUGUUCUUCGUCGGUUUCUUCUUCUUAUUUUAUUUUUUUUUUUCUUGUAAACGAUCUCAAUUUGGAGUGCCUAAACGUUGACGAAAAGUCCCCAAACCGGGUAUCAGUUCGACCUGUUGGGUGAAAAAUUUGAUAAAAUGGGCAUCGCGACAAUGCCCAAAGCCCCCCCCACUCAACAGCGCCCCCUUGAAAUUUCAAAAUUUUAAAAUGCAUUGGAGGCUCAGACGCAUAUUUUGGCGUAGGUUCACGAAAUUCUGAACAGUGAUAGAACUCAUGGCGACAAACAAAAAAGCCAAUCAUUGUGCACCUCUAUGACGAACAGGAAGUCAGCCAUAUUGGAUCAAAUAUUUGCCGCCGUUUUGACUUGGGUGUCUCCAAAAAGAUUCAAAUCCCCGGGGUUUGGUCCAAAUGAGCUCAGAUUUGACAUGUCACAUCUACAGACAUAAACUCAGAAAAAAAAUAAAAUAAAAUUGGGAGAUACUCCUUACGGUUCGCCCGUAGCACGCCGGCGAAAAACACCUUCAUUUCCUGUUUCUUCGGUGACCUGUCACGGCCACAGGCACUGACCUAGAGAGCCCAAAUUCACAUCACAAAAGUUAAAAGUUAAAAUAGUGUUGCAGGUGGCAUAGUGACGACAGGCACAGUGGAGGUUCUACUGCCACAGUGUCUGAGUUUGCCCAGCUUUUUUGGGCUGGUUGAGUGCAGAUGACGUGUUUAAUAAUUUGCUGUUGUGUUUUAUGUACUAUGAAAUAUGCAGGUUUGUGGUUGGGUGUAGCAGACUGUUGGGAUCUCUGCUGGAGCUGUGGACAAGGGUGGCACACUUCUGAUCCACAAGCUUAAGCGUGUCCCUCUGUCCCCGAUGUUUGGGAAGCAGAUGAUCAGUGGCAGUGUUCAUUGGAGCGGGCCGGCGCCUGUGGUCCAACAUAAAGACCCUCCCUCCUGCCUUCACUGGUGCAGUCUGGGCAGUAGACGGAGAAGACAGUGAUGAGGUGUGGGUCCUGGACAUAAACAAGUAAAAUAGAAUACAUCAAUAUUUGAAAACAAUAAAACUAAAUCUAUAUUGGGUAAGGUACUGACUUCUUACCUGACUUUAGUUGAGGCUGAGUCACUGAAAGUGAGUGUUUCAGGUUAAGACAUCAGUGAAUUUCUUUAUGAACCUGAGGACUGCACACUUCCUUUUGAGGAUGAAGGCUGCGUAGCCAAGAUCUCUGCUCUCCCAAACCUCCCUCCAGGUACUGCUGGCACGGACACCAGAUCCCACCAGCUGCUCUUCCUCCUCUGCUGGAUUGGGCAUGGGUGUUGUUUGUGCCUCACGCUGGAGAAGAGAGGUGAUCUCCUGGAAGCCGAGGGCAGAGCGUAGGAAGGACUGAAGACUGUCGUUGCUAUACAGCUCAGCUAUCACCGCUCCUGCGGCCUCCUCUAUCUGCUGGCUCUGGAUGAGGUACAAGGUGUAGCCCACAUCCCCUCGUAUUUCCUCAUAUUUCCCAAACUGGAGGAUGUACUCCCCCAGCGCCUCAGAUGGGUCAGAGGCAUCUCCUCCUGUCAGACUCUUCCUUCACAAGGGCACUGUGGUCCCUCAGGGACGGAUCGUCCUUGAUCCUCUUGGCCUCCUCAGAAGGGUCCUGCCACAAAAAACAAAGUAAACAAUGUUCUUAAUUUCCUCUACAACGACAGACAAAUAUGUUUAGAAACAUUAUAUUUAGACCCCUCGGUUGAAUUCAUACUACAUGUACCUAGAUCACUACUUCAGUAUUAAUUUCACUGUCACUGUAUUAUUUUUAAUGUGUACUUAUAAAGCCAAGAUUUUAGCACUGGCACAGAUACACAUUUGCAGACAGAAUUUUAAAAUGACUAAAACAUAUCAGGUCUCUUAAUAAAACUCACAGAAUAUCAAAUGUGAGUAGUUCAUUACAUUUUUAGAUAGCACAAAAAGUACUACAGGACUAAAUAAUGACUUAUGAGUGAAAUAGGAUUCUGUAGCUAUUCAAAGAAGAACGAAUAUGUGACAAAAACAUGAAGACAAUUGUUUUAAUGCUGCAUAUCAACUUUAAACGCAAAUGUGUAAGCUCCAGCACUCCAGAAGUGCUUUAGCGACUCGGAUCAUGACGAGAGGGAUGUGAGCGUACUGGACGCCGUAAUCACCCAACUGUUUGAAUAAUUAUGAGUUAUUGUGAAUACACGAACAAUUGAGCGUCUCAGACAGUAUUUUUUUAUGCGUUACAAUUGAACAAAGUUGAGAGUUAUUGUGAACGUGUUAAAUAAAGUUUGACUGACUUAUCU